AAGUACUGUGUUUCUCUUAUAGGGCAGAUUUUUUCUUUUGUUUUCGUGGUUCCUCUCUGGGACUCUUAUCUUCAUUGCCAGGAAAGCAUCAGUUCCAACUUCCACAUUCCAUAAGCAAGCUUCUAAAGCCAACUGCGAUAACAAAAAUACGUUACAUAAAUUAACACAAAACAGGAUAAUGGGAAGGGGUAAAGUGGAGCUGAAGAGAAUAGAGAACAAGAUAAAUAGACAGGUAACCUUUGCAAAAAGAAGGAAUGGUCUGCUGAAGAAGGCCUAUGAACUCUCCAUCCUAUGUGAUGCUGAGGUUGCUCUCAUCGUAUUCUCCAAUCGUGGCAAACUCUAUGAGUUCUGCAGCAGCUCUAGUAUGUCCAAAACGCUGGAGAGGUAUCACAGAUGCAGCUAUGCUGAUGCUGGAAUGAACCAAUCCUCCAAGGAUCCACAGAGUGACUACCAGGAGUAUCUGAAGCUUAAAGCAAGAGUGGAGGUAUUACAACAAUCUCAGAGGCAUCUUCUGGGGGAAGACUUGGCUCAGCUGGGUGCAAAGCAGCUCGAUCAGCUCGAGCGUCAGCUUGAUGCAUCUUUGCGGCAAAUUAGGUCGACAAAGACUCAGCAUAUGCUGGAUCAACUCUCAGAUCUUCAGCAAAAGGAAAGAUCACUGAUGGAAGUAAACAAGGCCUUGAGGAACAAGCAGUUAGAAGAAACCACUGCAGCAUAUCAGUUAUCAUGGGACUCAGAGGAGCAUAAUUUACGACAUAGAUCUCAGACAAUUCAUCCGGAGGGAUUCUUCCAGCCCCUUGAAUGCAACAGCUCCAUCAUGAACUACAACAUGGUGGUAGCCGAUGCUGAGGCAGAGCCAACACAAAAUCCCAGUGGAAUCCUACCAGGAUGGAUGCUUUGAGAAUAUGUAGCAAUUAAACACAAUUUGAAUUGGAAGGCCAACAAAUACGUGUGGUACACAGGUUCCUAAUUUUGCUGUAUUUUCCAUUGAAAUGGGAAGAUAAAAAUAAAUUAUGUUCUUGGGCCAACAGGCAUAAGUGGAUCCUGUUGGAGUAAUGUACGUACCAUAGCAGCAUUAACAUAUUGCCAACUCUACAGUUUUCAAGGAUAAAGACAUGGAAUGUCUUUCUUUCUUUU